CCCUGAGGCACAGAACUUCCAGUCCCAGCAGAAGACAGGAGGGAGGAGGUCAGGACGUGUGGAGCUCCUAGGCUGGUCAGAAGGCACACUGUGAAAGGUAAAUGGGAGAUUUGGAGACUAGCUUAAUCCAUACACGAAAAUCAUGUAGAAUAGAGCAAAUGGUAGCAAAAUGGCUUCAUCGCUCUCGGGACAGCACAGCCAGGAGCAGCGUGCCUGCGAUGGACAGCGCUGGGGACAGCGGGGCGCAGCCGCCCAGCCGGGUCAAGGUGACCGUCACCGUGUACAGGGACCUGGUGCUGCAGCACUACGGCUUCGAGAUCUGCCCAGGGCUGCCCCUCACCAUUGCCUCCGUCACUGCAGGGAGCACGGCCGACGGCAAGCUGCAGCCCGGCGACCAGCUGCUCGCCAUCAACUCCAGCACGGUGGAGGGCACGUCUGUGGAGCGGGCAGCCAGCAUCAUCAGGGACGCUGGAGAUGAGCUGGUCCUGACCGUCCUGCGCUGCAGCUCCGGUGGCCCCAAGUCAUCGUUCCUCACGGCAGAGAAGAGGGCGAGGCUGAAAACGAACCCCGUCAAAGUGCGGUUUGCGGAGGAGGUGCUGCUGAACGGGCACUCGCAGGGGAGCUCCCUCCUGUUCAUGCCCAAUGUUCUCAAGGUGUACCUGGAGAACGGACAGACAAAGGCGUUCAGGUUUGAGAGGAGCACCACUGUGAAGGACAUCGUGCUGACCCUGCAGGAGAAGCUGUCCAUCCGCAGCAUCGCCCACUUCGCCCUGGUGCUGGAGGAGCAGUACAACCUGGCCAAGAUCCACCUGCUGCACGAGGAGGAGCUCAUUGCACAGGUGGUCCAGAAAAGAGACUCUCACGACUACCGCUGCCUCUUCAGGGUGUGCUUUGUCCCCAAGGACCCCUUGGACCUCCUGCAGGAAGACCCAGUGGCCUUUGAGUAUCUGUACCUGCAGAGCUGCAGCGAUGUGCUCCAGGAGAGGUUUGCGGUGGAGAUGAAGUGCAGCGUGGCGCUGCGCCUGGCCGCCCUGCACAUCCAGGAGAGGGUCUGCGCCUGUGCCCAGCCUCACAAGGUGUCCCUCAAGUACAUCGAGAGGGACUGGGGAAUCGAGAACUUCAUCUCCCCCACCUUGCUGCGAAACAUGAGAGGGAAGGACAUCAAGAAAGCCAUCAGCUACCACCUGAAGAGGAACCAGGUGCUGCUGGACCCUCGGCAGAAGCACACGCUGACGGCAGCCCAGGUGCGCCUCAGCUACCUGCAGAUCCUGGGAGAGCUGAAGAUGUACAGCGGGAAGAUCUUCAACGCCACCAUGAUGCUGCAGGACAGGGAGUCGUACGUGGCCCUGCUGGUGGGGGCCAAGCACGGCGUGAGCCAGAUCGUGAACAGCAAGCUCAACAUCGUCAGCAGCCUGGCCGAGUUCCCCAGCAUCAGCAGGGUGGAGCUCAGCGACGAGUCCGAGCGCGUCAGCACCGUCAAGAUCUACCUGCAGGACCUCAAGGUGCUCACGCUGCUGCUGGAAUCAAACAGCGCCAAGGAUCUCGUCUGCCUCAUCGCCGGGUACUACCGACUCUUCGUGGACGCAAACGGCUCCAUAUUCACCUGGGGAGAGAAACAGCAGCAGCUGCACCGUGUCUCGGCUGAAGAAGGGUAUGAAUCGCGAGCCUGCAGCGACUCCGAGGAUUCCUGUGACUCCUGCUCGGAGCGCGGCCGGGGCAGCCGUGCGGAGCGGCUGGGCGAGCCCGGCAGCCCCGGGCCCGGCGGAGAGCCCCGGGGUGGAGGGGGCGACCCUCGGGACCCUCGGGACACCGCCACCGACAGCGCCUCGGAGGCGUCCGACUCGGCCAACACCGAGAGCCGCGGCUUCAAGACGAGCGGCUCCAGCGACUCCGUGGACGCGCUGGAGGAGGAUGAGCUGGAGGCGCGCUCUUCCUCCCGGCCGGAGCUGUUCCGCUUCUACACGCCCACCGUGCAGGAGCUGAGCAGCGCGGGGAGCGGCUUGGUGGCGGUGAGCGCGGCGGGCAGCGCCGGGGGUUAUUUCUGCUUGCUGCAGGUGCCGGGGGCAGAGCCCGGGGCGAGCCCCGCGGGGCAGGGCGAGCCCGAGCCCCGGCCCGUGUCCGUGCUGUCCGGAGCGUCCCCGGGCUGCCACAGCCUGUCCCCCCCGGGCCCGGGGCACGGCCACCUGGUGCUGCGGCCACCGCCGGGCUUCGGCGACUCCAGCUCCGAGGAGGAGUUCUACGACGCUGCGGACAGGCUCAGCCCUCCGGACGCGCUGGCAGGUAAAGGCACACCUGCGGGCUGCAGGUCAUCCUGGGAGGGUGCAGAGAGCUCCUCCUGCAUCCCCAAGAGGCUGAGGUGCUACAGCCUGGGGGAGAGGCACGGGCAGGAGAGGGAGCUGGCCUGCACCAAGAGCCUGAGGAAGAGGAGGUCUUUCCUGGAAACUGAUUACACCUCGCAGGUCAGUUUCCCUGCGGCUCCUCCAGGCUCUCCACAGCGCUGCUGCUCCUGGCUGCCCACUCAGCCCUCCCCAGAGGACACAGGGAAGGACACGGAGACGGCCACCAUUCCUGUGGCCAGCCAGGGACAGAGGGACACCGCUGGCACAGACCCCUGCUCUGACCUGGUGGACAUGGAGCCUGGCACCACGGGGACAAAGCCAGCGAUGGAAGAGCUGCUUCCCUCCGUUUCGGACGUUUGCCAUCCUGGUGACCACUGUGGGGAGGAGGACAGCAGCGCCCAGCCUCAACAGCCCCCCGAGCAGCCCCUUCCCCGAGGGCAGAGCGGGGCUGCCCAGGAGAGCUCUGCAGAGGACACUGAUCCCAGGCGUCCCAGCGAGCAGAGCUGUGCACCCCGUGGGGGCUGCCAGGCCCAGGGGGCUCCGGAGGAGGGGGCUCAGGUGCUGGCCACCCAGCACGAGGAGAGCAAAGGUGGCCAGAGCUGUGCCGGUGGCCAGGGCAGUGCAGGUGGUGAGAGCCGUCCCGAUGGUCAGCGCUGUGCCCGCAGCAGCAGCAGCAGCAGCAGCCAGGGCGCCGUGUCCCGCGCCAGCAGCCCCCAGGUGCCGAGCGGGGACACCCUGAGGAAGGUGCGCCUGGGCCACUCGGGGCUCCCAGAGGCAGCCCAGCUCCUGGCAGAGUGCGGCGGGGCCCCGCGGGGUCUCACCCGCCUCUCCUGGCUCUCGUUCGGGGUGAGGACAGAGCCCGUGUCGCACAGCCUGCUGCAGGACAGGCUGCAGCACCCGCCUGAGCCGCUGGCCCGCCUGGCCACCAGCAGCGGCGUGGGGGCCAGUGCUGUCGGAAGGAGGGUGCCAACAGCCCCUGCUGGAGCAGGCUUUGGCCAGGAGCUGGCGAGCAGCUCCGGGCUGGCCCAGCUGCCAGGGCCCCUCACCACCCCCCCAGCCAGCAGCUCCAGCCUCCCCAGGAGCCCUGGGAGCGCUCUCCCAGUCCCCAUUGCUGGGGAGGCAGGGCAGGACCCCCACAUCCGAGUGCUGGGGCAGCUGAAGGACCAGGCGUGGCUGAGCCCUGCGGAUUGCUCCCGCUUCCUGGCCUACACCGUGCAGCUCCAGGAGGUGGUGGGGAAGCUCUGUGGGAACCAGGCGACCCACCUGCACGACCAGUGCGCAGAGCAAGGCGCAGAGAGCAAGGGUGCCCUGGGCUGGGCUUCCCAGGACCUGCUGUCCAGCUGCCAGGCGCUCCUGAGCACGGAGCAGCCUCUCACAGAGGUGCAGUGCGCGCUGAGAGCGACGUUUGACCGCCUGGUUCACCUGGCAGUGACCUGCUUCCAGGUGACACACUGCUGGCAGUGCAGGCAGAGGCAGCAGGAGCUGGGAGCCGCGCUGGGGGACGUGGUGGGCACCUACCAGCAGCUGGUGCAGGCUGUGCACCAGCAGCUCCACGGGCAGGUGUGCCCCGAGCUGGGCACCAAGCUCCUCGCCCGCCAGCACACGGCCCUGGCAGCUGCCAUCCUGUGUCUGCUGCAGCAGUUCAGGGCGUCCCCCUGGCUGUGA